GCGUUUUCCCUCUCUCCGAGUUUCUCUUUGAACCCGGAGGCAGCUCCGAGCCGCAUUAUGUCAACAGUCGCCACACGGAACAGGGGGAACUGCUAUCCUUAACGCAUUCCCCAUCCUCACGGGCGGGGGCGAUAGCUGGACUCUCCUGACAUCGUCUGCGCAAACCUACGGUCAUCCUGGGCGAUGGAGGAAUUGAAUUGGGCAGAGGAUAGCUCCGAGUUAAGAGAUUGAUAGUUUUCCUGGUCAGGAGAUCAAAACUACAGUUCGUGUACCCUGCGUUUUAAGGACUAUUUCUAUAUGGACUACGUGAUUUCAGAAGUCUGAGUUAGGACUGACUGGUGCCAUGGCGGAAAGUAUUGACACCAGAGGAACUUUUCAUCAAGUGGAACCAUUUGAAGACAGCGGUGCGGAGACCCAAGUGGCCAUAUUGGAACAGUUAGAAUGGGAAGAAGAACAGAGAAGACAGAAGCAGAGGGGCAGAUGUCGCUGUCAUUGGAAAUACCCCUGCACGAUCCCCGGGAUAGUCAAAAUCGUGGAAAUGAUCCUGGAUAUGAUAGCGUUCCUGUGCGUGGCCUGCUCUGACUGGUACUCCGACUUCCACUCCACCUAUCGCUUCUUCGAGUUCGUGUCUAUGACAACCUUUUGGAUCACCUUGACUCUGAUGGUGUUGUACAUCACCCUGACUAUCUUCAUGUGCCCCAUCAACUGGUCACUCUUUGAGUUUAUCUACUGCUGUAUAGCAGUUAUCCUGUACAUCUUCGCCUCGUGUUUCCUGGCAGCAAGAGCGUACAACAUUGGCGGGCUGGCGGCUGGAACGGUGUUUGGUUUCUUCGCGGCUAUCGCCUACGCGGUUGGCGCGCUGGUGUCGUGGUGGGAGUGCCGACACCCUGAGUGGGACCUGCGCGGGCUGGGAGAGGAGGACUCCUGGCUGCGGGGAGGGACUCCCUGGUGGGCACCCGAGAUCCAGGCCAAACGUCAUCCCAGAGUCGUCAUCUCCAAGGAAUUCUACGCCACGCCUAUACCCGAACACUGUAGCCGACAAAACACGCCGAGGUCCACCCCGAAAGCACAGCCCAAAAUGAACCUGGACACCCAGAACGGUCUACAACCGCUGCCUGAACAGAACAACGUGAACGAGGCUUCCCGGUAGCACGACUACGUACAACAACGCCCCCUAGCGGAUCUUGCACAAACUUGUCGGACACCAACAGUUAUAUACUAGACAAGACAAUGAAGAAGAAUUUAGAUUCAGAUAACAUGAUACUUCACAACAUUGGUGCCAAAAUAAAAACCUUUCAUAUGUGUAAGUGAUGGACUUCUUACAUCCCAAAUGACUAAUAGAAUAUGCAAGUCAUCAAUUCUAUAGUGUUGUUUGUAAUCGUAAUUUGUGUUUUUGUGGCCAUGUAUUUGCAGUUGCUUGAUACCAUAACUAUUAUUAAGUAUACCCCUAUGACAAGGUCAUGCAUUUCUAUCUUACUCUGCUAAGUGCAAGGAUUUCUACUAUGAGUGAAGUCCUAUUGUUGCAGUGUAUUGCUUUCAAAUAACCGUAGAAGAUGCCAAAUUGUCUAACUUAUCAUGUAGAUAUUGUAAACAUUCUAUGAUCUUCUGUCCCGAUUAUUUAUAUUAGUGUAAUUACUCAGGAAAAAUGUUAGACACCGAUGAGAGCUGAAGCUAUUGGCACACGUAAAACGUUAUUUUGUAUCCUGUACUUUUCGCUUGCAACAAAACCUAAUAUAUACACUGUUGAGCAGCUAAAUGUAUGUCUAAUGUCCUACCAUCCUUUGAAUGAAGAAAGAGAAAAGUUUACCAAGUUGGUAGAAAUAGUUCCCUUUCUCUGAUUUCCCUGUAUGUAUCAUGUGCUUUUUGAAAGAAUACAAUGUCAUCAGCCUUUGCA